AUGUGUGAGUCCCCAGAGAUUCAGUUGGUACCACACAGAAGUGGUGACACGGGCAUAGCAGAGGAAUAUGUUAUACACCAACACACACACAUGUACCACAUGCAUACAUACAUACAUACACACACACAUACAUAUACACACAUCGUAUAUACGAACAAUACUUUCGCCAUGACUGGACUCAAGCUGGGCUCGCACCUUGAACUAUCUCUCUCCCUCACCAAGUGUCUAUUUAUUUUUUUCCCCUUGCUUUCUGCUCAUGUGAAAUAUUCUUCGUAUUGCUCUUACCCUUUUAGUAACCUUUACUUUUCGAGUAAAUAUACAGAGAGAUCGCAACUAGUGAGAAUCAGUAUGGAACCGAAUAAUACAUACCCAUUCACCUUCUCUCCCGCUUUCCCUCCUACUUUUUCGCUCAAACUCAAUCGCCCAAACUGA